UCUCUCUUUUUGCCCUUCCGUGGUGGCCGCCCCCGAUGAGCCUCCGGCCGCGCGCGCCUGGCCCAUGUUCGGCCUCUUCCGCCGCGACGGGCGCUCCAGCCGCCGGGCGAGCCCCGAGCCCGCCUCGCCGACGCGGCGGGGCGCGCGCCCGAGCCGGCCCAGCCCCGAGCCGCUGUCGCCGGGGCCGGGGCAGGGCAGGGAGUUCCUCGCCUUCAAGGCGGCGCGGCUACUGGGCGGCGCCGCCCGGCAGGUCGGCGAGAAGCUCGCGCGGCUGAGGGACGCGCCCAGCGCCGAGGCGCUGCGCUCCGAGCUGGAGGGCCGCGCGGCCUCCGGCGCGCCCGAGGUGCUGGCGGGCGCCGUCGCCGAGUGGGCCGGCCUGCUCGGGGCGGCCGACGACGCGCCCCGGUACGAGCUGGAGGGCGGCCACGUGCUCACGUUCCGCGCCGCCUUCCUGCGGAGCAGGGCCUUCGAGCUGCUGGCGGCCGCGGCGGGGCAGGCGCAGCUGGGGGCCGGGGCCGAGCGCGAGCCAGGCGGGCCCGCCAGGGUGGAGCACUGGGCGAACCCGGAUGGGCCCGAAUGGCAGGAGUUCCUGCGCCGGGCCUCCGUGCCCGGGGGCGACCGCCUGGCCCUGCAGCUGCCCGAGCUCUUCUCGCAGACCCGGCGGUCCUCGGGCCUCCGCCGGUGGGUCGAGGAGGCCACGGUGACCCUGAAGGCCGACGCCCGGCACGAGCUCCUGCGCAGCGACCGCACCGUCGCCGGGGAGCGCGCCGAGCGCAUCCGCGCCGGGCUCGCCGCCGCGCGGCGCGCCGCCCAGGGCGGCGGCGGCGGCGGCGAGGCGGGCCCCGCGGAGCAGUGCCGGUCGUCUGCCGACGCCGUGUGUCUCUACGCCGGCUUCAGCGCCGGCCUGGGCGAGGCGGCCGCGCACCUCCGCAAGAGGCUGUCCGAGCGGACGGGCCGCAUGCAGGAGGCCGAGCAGGAGCUGCAGCGUCUCCAGGCGGAGGCGGCCGAGCAGGAGGCCGCGGCGGCCUCGCGGCGAGAGGGCGCCCAGCAGCGCCGCGACGAGAAGGUCGCCGCGCCGAGGCAGAGGU